AUUCAUUCAGAAGCGUAUAUUAGUUUCGUUUUAAGUAUUCUUAUGUCAUGUGGACAUCGGGAUUAUUUAUACAAGUUCUCAUUUCAAAAGUUGAGGCAAAAUGUAUACAACACAUAAACAAUUCUGGACUUUGGUUAUCUUAAUGUACUUGACUACAGUUAGCCCAUCAGUUGUUGUCAGAGAAAUCCCUUCAGACAAAGCUGCAAAGGUAGGCGAUCUUGAAACUGUCCUUAAGUGCACAGUUUCUACAAUGGGCCCACAUCUUGUCACCUGGACUCGCGAUGGUCUUCCUUUAUCUUCAAAUAAAAAGGUUGCUGAAGAGCGAACGGAUAAGUACUCAAUUAGAGACAGUUAUGAUCUCGUUGUGAAGAAUGUUAAACUUAAUGAUGCUGGCCGAUAUGCCUGUAACCAAAAUUUACCUGAUACUAAAUACAUUGGUAUUGCAGAAUUAAAUGUGUAUGAUGAGAUUGUAUGCCUUGAUAACGUAAUUCACAAGAAAGAAAAUGAUACCAUUUUCCUGACUUGUUCUACUAAUUUUGCUGGUGGUGACAAAUACACACCUGAGUUUGCCUGGGAAAUAAAUGAAAAGCCAAUAGCGUCCGUUACUCAAGUUGAAAGUCAAAUAGGAGUUACAAAAAAUGUCUCAUCAGGUACAUCUUUAGUCGCCAUGUCUGAUAUGAACGGGAGUAUACUUACAUGCAAGUAUGAGAUAGUUACGGAGUCUGGUGACGUUAUGAUGAAAGACCAAUGUCGCUAUAGUAUCGCCGUACAAUAUGAGGCCAGAAAGCCAUCUAUACUGAUCGAUUCUGAUGACGUCACUGAUCUCGAGAUCUCGCAUGAUUUAAAUAAACACUUGACUUUAACAUGCUCUUCAAAUGGCAACCCUGCCCCAAAUUACACCUGGACCUACAAACCACUGCCUCGUAAUGGAAAUCAAGAGAUCGAACGAGUGGAAAAAGCAUCAGAUUCAGGUGUGUUAGUCUUAGGAAACGUAACAAGGAAUAACUCGGGGAUUUAUACAUGUGAGGCAUUCAACAUCCACAACAGGGGCAUUGUGAGGUCUGAAGUUACACUAAUGAUACGCGAUCCAUGUGAGUAA